GUCGGAGUGCAGUCAAUAAACACACUAGAUAGAAAAUUGAGCGAGUCAGUCGUGCGUGUUGUUUAACAUUGUUGAAGAAAAGGUACAAGAGGACGGUGUUGCAAAUUUCAACUCUCGAUCAACAGGGACUCUUUGAGAUAAACCGGAAGCAUGACAUGGCGGAAGACCCUUGCGUUAGAGUUCCAGAUGAAGAACUUUGGUUUCAGCGGAGUUCCCCAGGAUAGGUUUUACAUGUGGCAGUGGCGAGUGCCCCCAAUUGCCAUGAUCAUCUACAAGAUCCUGCUAUCUGCUUACCUGAUGUCCUCGUUAAUAUACAACGUUCUAACAUUAGAUGACUCGUCAGGCAUCCCAUGGCCAGCCUUCGUCACAAACUGGACGUAUACCCUUCUGAUGACGUACCAUGUCGUCCACACCGUCGUCUUGCUGCUCCACUAUAUGUCCGGCACGUGCCACACAUGCCUCCAACAACCAUCAGGUCAACAACACUUUCGCCACUUCUAUGAACUGCAUGAGAGCGACCCGUUGGAAGAGACUCAACCAGUAGUUCCCAGCCAACAACGGGGUGACCAUCUUCCACUGCAUCUGAUAUUCCUAUGGAUUCUUUACAGCAUCCUUAACUCCAUAUGUCCAAUAGUUACAGCCUUGUGGUACACCUCCGUCGCCACACCAGAGGAGCGGUAUCUUCCGAGGGAGUUGUUCGUUCAUGUUUUGAAUACUGUCGUCAUCCUUGUGGAUCAAAUGGUUUCUGCAAUACCAGUGCGUUUACUUCAUGCGUGUUUCCCUGUAUCGUACGGACUGGUGUAUUACCUCUUCAGUAUUUUGUAUUGGAUGGCCGAUCACAAGCAUGUGUUGUAUGGGAAGAUGUUGGACUGGAACCACCCUGCAAUACCGUUCGUAAUGGUUAUCGUUACCAGCUGUACAGCUGCUGUCCUUCACGCUGGAACUUAUGGCAUUUAUAAGGCUAGGUUGUCCAUUUACCACAGACUGGAAAGAGGCUAGUUAUUCUGACAUUCUGUUAUCAUGUGCAACUAACUGUCUUCGUCUGAUUGUCACAACGGCUAUAAGAAAAUGCGUUGUAAAACCUUUGUGUUUCAAGGGUCUUGUAUGAAUUGCUAUCGGCUUGCGCGUAACCAUCAACAUGUAUGAUGGAUGUCUAUACACAACCUUUGUACUGCAUAAUAUUGUACAUGUAUUUACUGAACAAAUACUAAACUGUUGAUGUACCCGAUUCUGAUUCUAAUGCUGUAAUGGAACAAAUGAUCUAGGUCACAGGUGACAUAUCUUAAUAUGUGUCCAGUGAGUUCGAGUGAGUGAGUGAGUUUGAUUUUACGCCGCUUUUAGCAA